AUGGUCCUCAAACUUCGCCUCGCGCGCAUAUCCAAUCCCACAGGCGCCCGAAGACACAAACCCUUUUACAACAUUGUCCUCGCCCAAGGCCGAUCAGCACGAGAUUCCAAACCCAUGGAAGUCCUCGGCACUUACAAUCCCAUCCCUCAAACUCCCGUGGGCGCGGAACCCGGCGAUCGCAAAGUCAAGGAUAUUAAAGUCGAUGUCAGUCGUGCUAAGUAUUGGUUGGGAGUGGGUGCGCAGCCUAGUGAUACUGUGUGGAGAUUAUUGGCCAUGAUUGGAUUGUUGGAGCCGAGAUAUCUUCCGCAGGGACCACAGACGCUGAGACAGGCGCGCUUUGAGACGCAUGUGCCCAGGGAGGAGAAUUUGGCGGGGAAGAAGAAGUGA